GAGCCCACCCGGCCGCGCCCGGACAAUACCCGGCGCGCUGGGGACUAUGCCCGCGCCGGUGCCGCCCCCGCUCCGCGCAGCCCUGGCCGCCAGGCCCUAAGAGUCGGUCCUGCCCCGCGCUGCACCGCCCACGGACCUCGCGGGAGAUGGAGGUCCUGGCGACAGACACUGUGUCCCAGCAGGAGCGGCUUCAGGUCAUCGCAGAGAAGCGCAGGAAGCAGGCUGAGAUCGAGAGCAGACGGAGACAACUGGAAGAUGACCGGAGACAGCUGCAGCACCUCAAGUCCAAGGCACUGCGGGAACGCUGGCUGCUAGAGGGGACGCCGUCCUCGGCCUCUGAGGGCGAUGAGGACAUGAGGAAGCAGAUGCAGGAGGAUGAGCAGAAGGCCCGGGUCCUGGAGGAGUCCAUUGCCAGGCUCGAGAAAGAAAUUGAUGUCCUGGAGUUUGGAGAGGCAGCACCAGCCGCCCCAAAGGAGAACUCCGCAGCCCGCAGCCCAGUCUGGCCCCCGUCUGCAAGCCCAGCCAAGGAAGAACAAAAAUCAGAUGCCCUGGUGAAUUCUCAGCAGAUGCCGCUGGGCACCCCGAAAGAGAAUUGCAUGUCCUCCACACCAGUGCGGACUCCGGGGGGAUCCACCAUGAUGAAGGCAGCAAUGUACUCGGUGGAGAUCACGGUGGAGAAGGACAAGGUGACCGGGGAGACCAGGGUGCUGUCCAGCACCACACUGCUCCCCCGGGACCCACUCCCUCAGGGCGUGAAAGUCUACGAGGACGAAACAAAAGUGGUCCAUGCCGUGGAUGGCAUCGCUGAGAACGGAAUCCAGCCGCUGAGCUCCUCCGAGGUGGAUGAACUCAUUCACAAGGCCGAUGAGGUCACGCUGAGCGAGGCAGGGUCCACAGCCGGGCCAACGGAGCCUCGGGGACUCGCAGAGGAUGCCGCCAGGACCACACCGGCAAGGCGGGAGAUUACCGGAGUUGUGGCCCAGCCAGGAGAGGCCACGUCAGGCCCACCAGGCAUCCAGCCCGGGCAGGAGCCCCCGGUAACCAUGGUCUUCAUGGGUUAUCAGAAUGUGGAAGACGAAGCAGAGACCAAGAAGGUACUGGGCCUGCAGGACACCAUCAAGGCUGAGCUGCUGGUGAUCGAAGACGCAGCCACCACCCCCAGGGAGCCGGCCCCACUCAAUGGCAGUGCGGCUGAGCUCCCAGACACCAAGGAAGAGAACCAGACCGGGCCCGCAGCCACUCCCAGUGAUGCCCAGGAUCUUGACAUGAAGAAGCCUCGCUGCAGAUGCUGUUCUGUCAUGUGACC